CCAGGAGUGUGUGUCACCUGCCCCGACAACUUGUUGAUCCCCAAGGGCGCCGCCUGUUCCGUCUGGGCGGGCGAGGAUCUCGCUCACCUGUUCCCCAGGUGCGGCCUGGGGAGCUCCGCAGACGCCCCCGGGGUCGCUCGGCCCCUAACUCCACAGCCAUGAGCAAGUUGGGCAAGUUCUUCAAAGGGGGAGGCUCUUCUAAGAGCCGAGCUGCUCCCAGCCCCCAGGAGGCCCUGGCUCGACUUCGGGAAACUGAGGAAAUGCUGGGCAAGAAACAAGAGUACCUGGAGAAUCGGAUCCAGAAAGAACUCGCCCUGGCCAAGAAGCACGGCACGCAGAAUAAGCGAGCUGCAUUACAGGCAUUAAAGAGAAAGAAGAGGUUUGAAAAGCAGCUCACUCAGAUUGAUGGCACCCUUUCUACCAUCGAGUUUCAGAGAGAAGCACUGGAAAACUCACACACCAACACUGAGGUGUUAAGGAAUAUGGGCUUUGCAGCUAAAGCAAUGAAAGCAGUUCAUGAAAACAUGGAUCUAGACAAAAUAGAUGACUUGAUGCAAGAGAUCACAGAGCAGCAGGAUAUCGCACAAGAAAUCUCGGAAGCAUUUUCUCAACGGGUUCAAUUUGGCGAUGGCUUUGAUGAGGACGAGUUGAUAGCAGAACUUGAAGAAUUGGAACAGGAGGAAUUAAAUAAGAAGAUGACAAAUAUCCGGCUUCCAAAGCUGCCUUCUUCUUCUCUCCCAGCUCAGCCAGAGAGAAGGCCCAGCGUGCCUGCCUCCGCACACGCACAUCGAGCCCGAGCAGCAUCUUCCAGGAGGAAAGAAGAAGAUGAUGAUGAUUUCAAACAAUUGGCAGCUUGGGCUACUUAAACUAAAAUGGCAUUUUUUGAU